GUAGUUACAAAAUUAAAAUACAAUUCAAGACCAGAUUCUAGCUAUUCUGAGUGCAAUCCUCCUAAACUUAGUUUGCGAAAUUCAAAUCAGUUUAUAAAAUUUUGGAGUUGGUUUAAUCAGAAGUAUCAAGCUAUCUAUUUUACUUGUAUAACUGUUGAUACUUUUGAAGAGAUAUAUCAAUCUGUAAAGGACGAACAAUUUUUUGAAACUCUUAUUCAUUUGUUAUUAACUACUAUUCGAUAUAAUAAUAAUCAACCACCUAAAGAGUUUAAUCAAAUAAUACCAGAAUCUCUUUCAACUAAUCUUUCUGUAAAUAAAUUAAAUAAAAAGUUUGAGAAAGCAUACAAGCAAAUUCAACAAGAAACACCUUUGGUAUCAACUUCUCAAAAUCCUCCUCUAAAUAUAAAUAAUCAAAAUAAAGAUACUGAAUCUUUAAAUUUUGAAGAAGCUUACUUUAAUACUAUUAAUCAAAGAAGAAAUAUACCAACUAUAGAAGAACAAACUAACAUGUAUAUCCCCGAUGAUUCUCAUGGAAUGGUUGAAGAUUAUAGAGCACUAGUUGACUUUACCAAUAUGCGUCAACACCAAGCACAAAAUCAACAACAAACUCCUCUUCCUGAAUUUGAUAACCAACAAGCACUUCAAACACUUUUAAGAGGCAUAAAUAAAAUGUUUGAAAGUAAUGCUGCCCGAGCUGCAGUAGCAACAACAAAUCCUAAAGAAGCAUGUGUUGGUAAUAAUGUAAAUAAAACUAGAAAGCUAGCAAUUGUACCAAAUUUUCUCAAAGGAAAUGCUCUUUCUUGGUAUAAUCAAAACAAAGAUAAUUUUCAAGUUUGGAAAA